UAUAAUAGAAUAGUUAAGCAAACCAAUAACCAAAGUCCGACAACGUUUAAACUUGAUAAGAAAGCUCUUAAGUCUACUUCUUAAUGUGCAAAUUUAACUAAGAGCUACAAUAAGUAGUCGUGCAUUAUAGUAUUUUGGGAAAUCUAUUCAUCCAUUUGGUUUUGGCUGGGCAUUUCCCUCAUAUUCAUUUUCAUUUGUUCAUUUUGGGGAACUAUUCAAUCAUCAUGUGACUGAAAAAAUUGUUAUUUGAUUCUGCCAGAUCCCUUGUACACAUAAGAUAACGAUGCCCGAGUGGGUGUUGACACUGAAACCGCCUAAUCAAAAUUUUAAAAUAAGAACAUAACUACCUUGUUCAAACUUCCACUUCACAAGCUCAAACAGAUACAUUUUUCCCAGCAGUGCGGAGACAAUGGACACAAGAGAGAGUACCCAGAAUACCAAGGAUCAGGAGAUUCCAGGAGACUUUCCAUACCGUUUGAGAGACCGUGAACAACUCAGGAAAAGAAAGCUGGAAGCACAGGAGCAGAAAAGCUCACAGUGGGUGUUUAAGGAGAAAUCAAAGACAAAAAGAGGAAGAAAGGCAAAAGCUAGUGGAACAAGCAGUAAACUUCCCAAGGAACCUGAGCCUGUGCCUGAGCUGGAGCCCAAGCCCGAGCCCGAGUCGAAGCCUGAGCCUGAACCUGUUCUACAGCCAAUCCUUUUGCAAGAAGAAGAAGAAGAAGCCACAGACAAAGUAGCAGAAUUGAGUCUUGAAAGAGAGAAGCUUGCCCCACUGCAGGAAAGUGUAAACCUUUCCCCAACUGGGGAUCUGGCUGCUACUUUAACAGAUGGGCUCGGAGAGAAUACCCGUGUGAAAAUACCAGAGAUUGUAGCACUGCAAGUAGAAGAUGUGCCUGGUGAAAAUCCUCCAUUUGAAGAACAAAUAGUUUUGUCUAUAUAAAAUCGACACCACAUCUAAAAGUUAGACAAAAAUGCUGGAGAAACUCAGCGGGUGAGGCAGCAUCUAUGGAGUGAAGGAAAUAGGCAAAGUUUCGGGUCAAGACCCUUCUUCAGUCUGACCCUAAAUGUUGCCAAUUUCCUUCUUCAGUCUGAAGAAGUGUCUCGACCCGAAACGUUGCCUAUUUCCUUCGCUCAAUAGAUGCUGCCUCGCCCGCUGAGUUUCUCCAGCAUUUUGGUCUACCUUCGAUUUUACAGCAUCUGCAGUUCCUUCUUAAACACCACAUUUAAAAAAUCGUUUUGAGUUUUAUCUGACAUUUGUUAUUACACAGGGGAGAUAACAAUACCACUCACCCCCACAGGCCAAAACACUCAUUAUUAGAAGGUGCAAAUUUGCAUCCUGCCCUAAUAUAUAGUUUGAUACAUCAGGGCUUCAAUGGAUGUUGACAUCUUUCUUUAAUGUGCCACUUUCUGGGAGGAUGUGAAACCAAAUCCUGACAAUCUCCUGUUCUUCAUGAUGCAUCGUGCAGAGAAAAACAAGAAAUGGAAAAGGCAGUACUUUUAAAGUAAAAGAGAAUUAACCCUAUAGACAGGAAUAUUACAAGGAGUACUACGGGUACAGACACAGGGCAUUCAGGUUAACUGGUCUAAGCAUGUUACCAUUCCAGAAAUACAAAGCAGCUACAGCCAUUUAGUCCCUUGUGACUGGUCAGGUUUUCAAUUGGAUUACUAGACUAAGUGGGACCCUUUGGGUCCCUGUCACACAGGAGGCUUGGUCCCCCAACGCAAUAUUCCACCACUCACCCAUAGCCCCCUACUGCACAGGCGCAGCUCAUUUCCCCGCACUCUCUCCCCCUCCUCUUCACCCUCACUCUUCAUUCCCCUCCCCUCCCCAAAUCCCUCCCUCAUCUCUCUCCCUCCCCUUUCUCCUACCCUGCCACUCCCCCCCUCCUACCUCUCUAUCCCACACUCCUCACCUAUCCUUCCUCACCUCCCCCACUGCUCUCACGUCCCUCUAUUCCCCACUCCCUACCUCCUCCACUUCUCUACCUCUAUUCCCCCUCCUCCCCACCUUACCUCUUCUUUUCCCUCUCCUCCUGCCCUCCCUUGAUCCCUCCCUCACCUCUCCUUUCCCCUAUCCUCAGUCACUCACUCCCUCCUCUCCCUUACCCACCUCCCAUCUUCUCCCUCUAUCCCCUCUCCUUCCCCACUCUACCUCCCCAGGAUCUCGAUGUUGCCGCUCCUCUCCCUUCUUGCAUGCCCCGGAGGAAUAUCAGCCGUCG